AUGAAUUAAAACAAACAAUACAAUCCUUAUGCUCUGCCUCCAGAUUUCAGUUUAGCCUAAGCUCAUGCCAAGGCAAAAUAAGUGGGAUAUUAGACUCAAAAUGAAUAGGAAUAUUGUCCAUGUUGCAAUAUGGCAAUUAAUAAAAUACCGAUUGGAGUCUGCGAGGACAUCAUCAGAUUGCAGUUUUUAGGUAGAUCCAUUGAUUGA